UGCAAACCUCCAGACCACUCGCAUGCGACCAGCACGCAGCAGCGCGCAUUACGCACGCAGAGGAAAUGAGUUUGGGUACCGCCGCGCUUUUCUCCAGACAUGUGGAUUCAAACAUGUCCUCGGAUUGACUUUUUUCUUCAUUUAUUUAUAAGAAACAGAGUUUAACAAGAGCUCACGAUGGAGGAGAGUACGAUUUCAGUGUGGGUCUGCAGAGAGGAGAAGCUCGUCCUCGGUCUGUCGAAGCGCACCACCUGCUCUGAUGUGGUCAAAGUGCUGGUGGAGGAGCAGGACUCCCCGCACGGCCUCUCCGCGGCUCAGUCCUACUGUAUCGUGGAGAAAUGGAGAGGCUUCGAGAGGAUUCUACCGAACAAAACAAAGAUGUUACGGCUCUGGGUCGCGUGGGGAGACGAGCAGAAGAACGUGAAGUUCGUGUUGGUGAAGAGCGAAGCGUCUCUGGCGAACCACGGAGCCCGGAGCGCAGAGGCGCGGGUGGUGCGGAGCAAACAGAGCCCGUUUGUUACCAAAGGCUCCGCACGGUCUCCGCUGGGGCGCAUCUCACCGGAGAAACAGCGCCGGAUCGUCAGGAAAGCUUUCAGAAAGUUGGAGAAGAUAAAUAAGAAGAGGGCAAAGGUGGCGCACAGAGACGCGUCCGCUGCGGAGAAGAUGGAGACUCUGGUUCAUCUCGUGGUGUCUCAGGAUCACACCAUCCGGCAGCAGAUCCAGAGGAUCACUGAGCUGGACGCAGAGAUCGAGACGUGCGAGGCGAAGGUGCAUUUCGACAGAAUCAAAAGACACGGGGUGAACUACGUUCAGGACACGUAUCUGGUGGAUGCAGCCGCAGCUUCCAGCCGCGAGGAAGACAAAGUGUGUCCAACUGAGACACUUGUAAAGUUUGAGGAGUAUGUGCUGCGGUGUGAGGAGGUGGUGAGACUGCAAGAGGAGCUGUGGGAGCAGGAGGCUCACGUGGACAUCAUCACGGUGCAGGUCCAAGAGGAGCUGAACCGCCGCUGGAUGCAGAGGAGGAGAGAGGAGCUGCAGAGCAGAGACACUGAGGCCGGCGAGGGCGAACAGCCCGCCCCCUGCUGCACGGAGCCAGACACUACAGCAGAAAAUGAGCUGCUUUUGGAAGGAGAGAGGAUCAGAACACAGUUAGAUGCGAGUUUGUACAUCGGUCUGCGCCUCAACACGGAUUUAGAAGCUAUUAGGAGCGAUUUAGAGCUGAGCCAGGAGAUUUGUGAUGCGAGGGAGAAGGAGAUGAGGGAUUUGCUGGAGAAAGUGAACACUUUGGACAUGGAGGAAGGGACAGCCAGUGGUGAUAAGACAGGGAUGAUGAUGAUGAUGAGCACUUUGGAGAGGAAGAGUGAGUGGGUGGAGCAGGCCAGGGGUCUGUCCAAAGUUCACAGUGUGAACGAUGACGACUCAGACACUGGAUUAAGUUCCCUGCACAGUCAGGACUCAGACUGCCAGACUGUGUGGGAGUCACUGGUUUAAGAUUUUACCAAGAGUCGUUCAUCUGUUUGUCUUUUAUCACGAGAAACCAACUUCAUCAGUCUCAGGGAUCAUAGUCACUCUGAAGUGAAUGAACAUUAGGUUUCCACAUGGCGAUGACAUGGACCUGAACCUACCUGAUUGUACUGUGCUCUUGUCUGUGUGUCUGUUCAUCAGAAGGAUUAUGCAAAGAGUACAGAACGGAUUCACACCCGCUGGGUGGAGGGGUGACUGGCUACAAGCACAGGCCAAGGAGAAAACAUUUCACCUCACUAAGGAUCUGGUUAAAGAGGCUGAUCCAGGAUUUUUUCUUUAAUCACCUUUCCUGACAUCAGUUUCUCAGGAAAGAUGGAUUUUUACACAAAAACACAUAUUUUUGCUGUUGAUAUCUAAGAUAGAAUAUAAGUCUGCUUCCCUUGUAUUUUUAUUUUUCUAAGAACAAUCCCUCAUUUUUUACAACAUCCAUCUAGUUUGAGAACAACUAUAGG